AUGGCAUCAAGACUAUUGACAAGAAGCGCCUUAGGGGCCGCUCGUCUUCGACCAGCUCUUUCUUCCCGUACCCUCCCGGCCCUCACAUCGAUCUCGAGUUCGCGAUCAUCUUCCUCCAAUGUACCAGCAGAGGACCCUAAGAAGAAGGCGCAAUCGCUCCUUGACUCUCUCCCAGGCAACUCUCUCGUUUCCAAGACUGCCAUUCUUUCCGCAGCCGGAGGAGUUUCCCUGUACGCCCUCAGCAACGAGUACUAUGUCGUCAACGAAGAAACCGUUGCUAUGUUCUGCCUUCUGAGCAUUUGGGGAUCUGUCAUUAAGUUCGGUGGACCAUUGUACUCUGAGUGGGCCACUGGUCAAGUCAACAAGAUCAAGAACAUCUUGAAUGCUGCCCGUGCAGACCACACUGAGGCCGUCAAGACUAGAAUUGAGAGCGUUCAACAAUUGGGCAGCGUUGUUGAUAUCACCAAGACUCUUUUCGAGGUUUCCAAGGAAACCGCACAACUCGAGGCCAAGGCUUACGCACUCGAGCAACAAACCGCUCUCGCUGCUGAGGCCAAGUCUGUUCUCGACUCAUGGGUCCGAUACGAGGGACAAGUCAAGAUUCGCCAACAAAAGGAACUCUCAGAAAGCAUCAUUUCCAAGAUCCAGAAGGAGCUCGAGAACCCCAAGGUCUUGCAACAAAUUUUACAGCAAAGUGUUGCUGAUGUCGAGAAGAUUGUUGCAUCCAAGGCUUAAUAGAUUAGAGAAAGGUCAUGGGCCAUUAGGCGUUUCUUUACUCUAUUAUGUUUUCAAUAAGAUACACUGUGCCAUAGUCGACGAAAACAUUUCCUCCCAUGCAUAAAUUUAUUUCAAAGUCUAAUGAUAUGUGCAUAUGGAUUCAUACAAUGCCUAUAGCGCCCAUACUCUCUGUCA